UUUCUAUUAAUAAGGCCAGAGGAUAACGUAAAUUCAAAGACACUCUCACUUAAGUCUCCAAUUAAACCACUGGAGUUGACUAUGUCCUCAAAGGUUAAUCUGUUUAUCUGUUUGUUCAUUCUUCAUCUGUGUGCUGCCGCUAGUGUUAGAGGGCACAAGAUAGGGAUUUAUGAGAUCAAGAAAGGAGAUUUCACUGUUAAGGUCACUAAUUUUGGUGCCAGAGUCAUCUCUGUUCUUCUUCCUGAUAAGCAUGGAAAAAUAGGUGAUGUUGUUCUUGGAUAUGAUACCAUCAAGGAGUACGAGAAUGAUACAAGUUCUUUUGGAGCAAUAGUUGGAAGAGUUGCAAAUCGGAUUGGUGGUGCUCAAUUUACUUUGAAUGGAACCCUUUAUAAGCUUAUCGCCAAUGAUGGCAAUAACACCAUUCAUGGUGGCCCUAAAGGAUUUAGUCAUGUAAUUUGGAAGGUGAGCAAGUACGAGAAAGAUGGUCCGCAUCCUCACAUUACUUUAACUUACCACAGUGCUGAUGGUGAACAAGGAUUUCCUGGUGAUCUUCUUGUCUCUGUUACCUAUGCAUUGAAAGAUCCGUACAAGCUUAGUGUGGUAAUGAAGGGAAAAGCACUAAACAAGGCCACUCCAGUUAACUUGGCUCAACACACUUAUUGGAACAUUGGCGGACACACCAGUGGCAAUAUCUUGUCCAAUGUUAUUCAAAUUUUUGCAUCACAGAUCACCCUAGUAGAUCAACAUCUCAUUCCAACAGGCGCACUCGCCCCUGUCAAGAAUACGCCCUAUGAUUUCCUGAAGCCCCGUAAAGUUGGAAGCCAGAUCAAUAAAUUCCAAAAUGGAUAUGACAUCAACUAUGCACUUGACAGCAGUGAGAAUAUGAAACCUGUGGCAAUAGUUUAUGAUAAGAAGUCAGGAAGAGUGAUGGAUUUACAAGCGUCUGCGCCUGGUGUUCAAUUCUACACUGCAAACUCUCUCAUUAAGAAGGGGAAAGGUGGAUAUGUGUAUCAGCCUCAUGCAGCUUUGUGUUUGGAGACUCAAGGAUUCCCGGACGCUGUCAACCAUCCAAAUUUCCCAUCGACAAUUGUGACUCCGGGAAAGAGCUACAUUCACAAGAUGCUGUAUACGUUCUCAAUCACGAAAUAGUACUAGAAUGCUUAUAUUAAUUUUGUGUCUUUUGUAUCUUUUGCAUAAAUUUAUAUAUCUCUCAAGGUUAUAUCAUAUAUGUGCUUUGUGAAAAAUAGAACACCUGACAUUUAAACUCAAUACCGUUGUGCUGGGACGGAAAUUUCCAAAGAACUGUUUUAAAAAUAUGUUUGGUAAGUGUUUGCAUCUGGACUCA